CUGAGCUUCUGUCCACCCUGGGUCUCAGCCACCUCUACCUUUCCAUGAAUGAGGCAUGGGUUUCCAAGACAUGGCUAUGACACGAUAAAAAUGCCCUCUGGAAGCAUCCUCAGCCCAUCAGCUUCUGCAUGUUUCGCUUUCUACUUCCUGCAGCCGUUCUAAUUCAUUUCUGGGCUUCUCUCUGCUUGCAAUGCACACAUUAGUAUUUAUUUUCUUUACAUCCUGGAUCUCUCCAGCGCUGCUCACCUGUAGCUUGUCUUGCACAGCCUCUUACAUGCACUUUGCCUGGGUGCUGGGGAUCUUGGGCUGGGGAAAUGGCACUGAAGACACAGUGGUGAGGCUGCAGUCUAAAGGUACACGAGACAAGAACCUUGCUGAAGCUAAGAAGGUCUGGUCUGGCCAGUGCCUGGGAGAAGGGAAGCUUGUGCGCGCUCCCUCAAACUCCAUCAUGGAGGAAAGAAUAGAUGCUACUGGGACUCUGCAACAACUUUGCUUAUGUGGUCAUGCUGAGUGCUGCCCAUGACAUUCUCAACCAUCAAAAGGUGCCACCAGGCAAUGGGACUGAACCGAUUCCCCCGCAUACAAAUGCUUCUCGCUAUGAUUGCAACCCCAUCUCAACGGGGGCUGUGCUGCUGGCCGAUAUUCUGCCCACACUGAUCAUCAAACUCAGUGCUCCUUUUUGCAUCCACUGGUUCCCAUAUGGCCUGCGAGUUGCUAUCUGUGUCAUCACGGCCUGGGGCAGUUUCUUGCUGGUGGCUUUCUCAGCCAGCAUAACUCAAAGUUUAGCAGGUGUUGUGCUGGCCAGUAUUUCAUCUGGCUUGGGUGAAAUAACGUUCUUGGCACUCACCUCUUUCUUCAACAGUGCCGUGGUUUCAGCCUGGUCCUCGGGCACGGGCGCAGCCGGCUUGAUAGGGGCACUUUCCUACCUGUGGCUGACGCAGGCUGGCUUGAGCCCUCAGCACACCCUCCUCAUCAUGACUGUUGUUCCUGUCGUCAUGCAGGUCAGCUAUAGCUUCCUCUUGGCUCCACCCCCUCAGGCCCCCCGCUGUGGCUGGGGGUCUCCUCUACAGGCAUCUCUGCGUGCCCCUUCUGUGACACGGCAGCCGCUCCUAGAGGAUAAAGCUACACUGCAAAGCAACACAUCAAGCCCUAAGCUCAGCUUGCGGGAAAAGUGGGAGGUGGUCAAGGGUCUCCUGAAGUACCUCGUUCCUUUGGCUAUAGUGUAUUUUGCAGAGUACUUCAUCAACCAGGGGCUGUUUGAGCUGAUGUACUUCCCGAAAGCACUUUUUACCCACCCUGAACAGUAUCGCUGGUACCAGAUGCUCUACCAGUUUGGGGUCUUUGUUUCUCGUUCCUCUGCCAGCUGCAUAAGGAUUCGGCGCAUAUGGAUCCUUGCUGUGUUACAGUGCCUGAACAUGCUGCUCUUUUCUUUUGAUGUGACCUACCUGUUCUUACCCAGCAUCUUUCUAGUUUUUGUUCUGAUACUCUACGAGGGUUUGCUGGGAGGAGGUGCCUACGUGAACACCUUCCAUUGUGUCAGAGAAGAGAGCAAGCCGGAGCACCUGGAGUUUGCUAUGGGAGUUGCUUGUGUCGCUGACACAUUGGGCAUCUCUCUUUCAGGUGCAAUUGCUAUUUCUGUCCACAACUAUUUUUGCCAGCUUCCUUGAAGCCUACUUUCCAGAGGGACCAAUAGACACUUUGACAUGCCACAUCUUUGCUCCUGAGUGGUGCUUUGUCCUGUGUCAAAGUACAGUGAUACUGAGGACGAAAAGAAUCUUGACUUCUAGCAUUUGUCCUUUUCUGACCAGUUUUGGGAAUUCAACUUUUACUACUAAUUUCCCUACAUUGACUUGGGGAAAUGCUUUAUUUUAACAGAGCCUAUUGCACAGACACUGAGGGGCUUGAUCAUAGCAUCCAAAACUACAGUUGGAUCAUGUUAACACAGUUCUAGAAGAGGAAAUGUUUUAACAUUGCACCUGGACAUGUCCUUCCACUGGAAAGGUGGAGCAGAGGAAUAUUUAGUAUGACACCUCCACAUCACUAGAUGAUAGUGAAAAAACGGAGUGUGCAGAUACUGAGUACUGUUCUUAGGUGAUUAUGAAUAGAAGGAAGGAGAGCUAUUAGAAUGAGAUAGGCAUGCGGCCCAGGAAGAGGGAUGGUCAGUAAUUUUGUUCUGUGAUCAAUUUCUGCUUCAAAACAAUCAAUAAACCAAUCGUUGAAAGGA